AUAUAGAGCUGCAAGCAAAGCAGUGAAGUUCCAAGUCCACAAACAGCUUCUUUUAAGAAAGCAGAGAACUUUCUCAGCUUUUCUUUAUCACUUAACUUCACUUUUUAAACAAUGUCUUGCGUGUUCUCUCCUCAACCCCAGAACUGAAAACCUCACAGACACAUCCAUGGAGUUCAAUCUUGAAAACCCAUUAACAAAUUUCAAUGACUCUCACUCUAACGCAUUCACUUCUCUCUUCCUCGCUGAGUCUGAACACAUGCCAGCUGAAAACUACUUUCAGAGUCUCAAAUCCAAAGAUUUUGAUAUCUCUGUUCGACGAGAAACCAUCUCUAUAAUCUCACAGCUCUCUUGCAACUUCGAUCCGUUAUUGUCUUACCUUGCUGUCAACUAUCUUGAUCGGUUCUUGUCUAGCCAAGGGAUGCUGCAACCAAAGCCAUGGAUUCUAAGGCUUCUUGCUAUCUCCUGCGUUUCUCUAGCUGCCAAGAUGAAGGGAACAGAGUUUUCCCUCUUUGAUUUUCAGGGUGAUGGAGGUUUUAUUUUUGACACACAAACAAUAGAGAGAAUGGAGGUCCUCAUCUUGGGAGCUCUAAAAUGGCGAAUGCGCUCAAUCACUCCCUUUUCUUUCAUAUCUUAUUUCAUUUCUUUGUUCAAACUUAAAGACCCCUCAUUGAAGCAGGCUAUUAAAGCUCGAGCUACUGAGAUCAUAUUCAAAGCUCAAAAUGAGAUUAAGCUUUUGAAGUUCAGGCCUUCAAUAAUUGCUGCGUCAGCUCUUCUCUCUGCUGCUCAUGAAUUAUUACCCUUGCAAUAUCCAUGCUUUAGAAAAGCAACAUCCAAUUGUUCAUAUGUAAAUAAAGAAAACUUACUGCAAUGCUACAAUGCAAUGCAAGACAUAGUGAUAGAUGGGUACGAGUCAGUUUUCGAUAUGGUAUCAAGCUCUGUCACACCGGUCAAUGUGUUAGACCAGCAAUUUUCAAGCACGGAAAGUGAAAAGACCAAUGGCACUAUUACUAGCAGCAGUACAAGUAGAUCAGAGAGAGACAUCAAGAAGAGAAGAAUCAUUGGUUACUGUGACAAUCUCACGGUCCAGAUUUCUCGGAUUCAACAGUGUUGAUGAACUUGAUUCCACAGUAUUAAUCACCGGUCCAUUUGAGAGUGACACUACCUGCCUCAAGUAAUGAACAGAAAAAGAAAAGAGAAAAAAAGAGGUGGGUGAAGAAGUUGAUAUUUCAUGGAUAAAACAACUGUUGCAUAUCUCAGGCUUUUAGCACGGCCCACUUACUCCCUUUCGGCUAACACAGAAUUGGGAGCAAAGAAGAGAAUUUUUGUUUCUUUUGUUUUCCUUAGGGACCAAACAAAGACAAAACAUAACUUUGGAUUGUAGGGUUCAAUUUUGUGUUUCUGUUUUGGUUCUAGUAACUAGUGUGAUUGUGUCUCUUAGUUUCUGGCAAAGGAAUAAUAAUAGUUUGAAUAACAAAACAACAAUUUCCUUGGAAAUUAAAA